AUGACUGAACAGAGAAGUGAAGUCAGUCACCUCAAGAUCCGAGCAUGCUUGCUGCUGGUGGGGUGCCUGUGGCAAUGGACACAGCAAACUCUGGCAACACCAUGUCAGGGUGGUGAACUGAGGAUAAUCAGUAAAGGCGAAAAGAAAUGCUGCCCCAUAUGCAUAUCAAGCAGAGCAGACAACAUGUGUCAAAAUGCUCAGGACCAUGACUGCAAAUGUCGUCAGGGCUACAGCUGUGCCGAUCGUUCGUGUCUGUACUGCACAGAACUGCCUGAAUGUGCAGAGGGCGAGGAGCUGCUUAAGACUGGCAUUUUAGACUUCAUAUUCCAAUGUAAACCGUGUGAGAUAGGAACCUAUUCUAACGUUAAGAAUGGCUGGUGCCGUAACUGGACUGACUGUGAAAGUUUGGGGUUUCUAACCAUCAAACAAGGCAACAGUACACAUAACGCAGUAUGUGGAUUCACCAAAGAUUUGGAGCGAGUUGCUAUUACAAAUAACUCCCUGUAUACCACCAUCCUGGCCAUCCUUACUGCAGUGGCUGUAUUUGUUCUCAUCUUGCUGACCUUCUUUUUGCAUUUCUGCAUAUGGUCACUCAAGAAAGAAAAGGACCGCACAGCUCACGAUCUGGAACAUAACUUCUCUAGGCUGUUGGUGGCUCCACAGCCGUCACGUCAGAAAGAGGAGACUUACAGCUGCCAGUUUCCAGAAGAAGAACAUGGAGACAAAACACCAGAAGAAAAGACUUGCUAUUUCCACCCUCAAAGUCUACAAUGA